AUGAGCCGGAGCUUCUACGACAUCGACCCGGCGGGUGAGGUGCUCUGCACGUACACCAAUGGCGGGGAGAAAGAGAAGCUCAAGUCCGAGAAAACCGAAGUGCCCAUCCCCAAGGCAAUCCUCUACGCGUUCCUACCCGCCGGUUACCCACAUUCCGUAACCGACGACUACCUCCCGUACCAAACCUACGACUCCCUCCAGGCCUUUGCCUCGUCCAUCACCUCACUACUCGCUAACCGCGCGGUGCUUGAGGGUCUUGGGGUUGGGGAUUCGUCGUCGUCCCCGACCGGCGCCCUGAUUCUUAAGAUCACAGGCGAUACCAUCUCGCGCAUCGCCACCAUCCUCUUUGCCCACCGCAUGGGCCAGGCCAUCGAGCCCGAGUGCAAGUUCUACCGCUUCCUAGCCGACAUCUUCAACGACAGCGCCCAGUUCCUCGAUCUCCUCACCCCGGCCCUGCCGUACUUCCCCAAGCUGGGCGUGAUCGUUUCCGCGGGGGUGCUGCGUUCGUUGUGCGGCGUGGCGGCGAAUGCUAGUAAGGCUAGUCUGUCGGCGCAUUUUGCGCUGACGGGGAACCUGGCGGAGCUGAAUGCGAAAGAGGCGUCGCAGGAAACCGUCGUCAGCUUGUUGGGGAUGCUCGUCGGGUCGUUGGUGGUGAAGAUGGUGGAGGACAAGCAGGUGGUGUGGAUGCUCAUGGUGGUCCUAGCUGGGGUCCACCUGGCAAUGAACUACCACGCGGUGCGUGCCGUCAAAAUGCGCUCGCUGAACCGCCAGCGUGCCACCCUUGUGUUCCGAGAAUGGCUAGACCGUGGGACCGUCCUCACUCCGGAACAAGUGUCGCAGAGGGAAAGCAUCCUACGUAAGGGCAGAGGAAAUCUGGCGAGUAAGAGCGGGGAUUAUACGGGCUUUUGCGAUUUUGGAACGUAUGGGGAUCUCAUGGGAUGGAAUCCGAAAGGAUACCACCGGUACGAUUUUGAGACGAGCACAUAUUUCAUGGGGAUAUGGCACCGCGGGGGGUAUUUUUACAUGAGGAUCGCGCUCAAGGAGGGGACAAAAAACCCACUCUCUGCUUGGUUCGACGCCGUCAACCAUGCUUACCACUUUGACUCGGCACUCAAAGACGGGUUGCAGAGCCAUUACGAGAACGAGAUGCCGUUGGGUUACGUGUCCGAGGAACAGAAGCAGACGAUAUUCACGGCCAUGACGACUGCCGGUUGGGAUCUCGAGGUGAACGCCCUGGAAACGAGGUUACCCGUGAGGGUCCGGGCGAGUGACGGCAAGAAAGGCCUCCACCUGCCGGAGAAGGACCCGGCACGCUUUAAUAGUCUCUCGGAAGCAAAGCAUGACUGA